GUUGCGCAUGCGCCGAGGUGACAGCCGGUUGUGGACGAGGUUGGGAGCAGGAGCAGAGAGGCGGAGACCCCGGAGUCAUCAUGGCGAAACACGAGUUCUUCGUCGACAUGACAUGUGAAGGCUGCUCUAACGCUGUGACCAGAGUGCUGAAUAAAUUAGGAGGUGUGCAGUUUGACAUUGAUCUUCCUAACAAAAAGGUUUUGAUUGAGUCUAACCACAGUGUGGAGGUGCUGACAGAACGCCUGAAAAGGACAGGAAAGGAUGUACAAUAUAUCGGAGAAAAGUAGAACAUGUAUUGGUAGUUGGUAUAAAUGAAAAAGGAAUCACCAACCCAAAGGAUGAAUUCGAAGAGCAAGUUUCGCCGUCAAAUCAUUGGAACCAAAUUACGGAGCAACAUUGGCUGGAUCUUUUGUGAACGUAAUGAAGAGUUUUAGCUCUGAUCAUUAUUAGCCAGGCAUUGAAUAAGGAAAAAGUUGUUUAUGCUGCUACAUUUCUGUAAACUUCAUUUCUAAUUUCCUAAAGGGUGGCUAUAAUUGUUUUCCCUAUAUGCAUUUAUACAAUAAAUAACUCUGCCAUGGUAACUCACAAA